UGAAUCAACAAGGGUGACAUCCGCGUCUGCCUGGUUUUGUAUUCGGGCAUCAUCAGUAGCUUUCCACAUUUCCGCAGUGGUAGUCCAGCUUUUCUUCUAUCAAAGCUUUCUCCCUAGUUUUAUAUUGUAGAACGAAUCGAUCUGAUAACGUAUUUGGGACUAUAAAGCAUUGUAAUAUCAGAAAUUGAAUCGUCGAUUGGCGCAAAACAAUGGUGGGCCACAAUGGAGAGGUUCUCGUUCGAGCCCCACAGCUGUCUCCCCAUCAGGCGAAAUCACCCCAGCAAGAUUAUCCGGUUUUCAUCCCGCCGCGGAAACGACAAACCGGGAAGAAGGCAUUCCUUGGCAAUCACGUGGAUCACAUUGUUAAUUUACAGGGUAACAAAAAAGACUGGGAUUUGUCGGUGGAACGCGACGAUGUGCAUAGAACAAAACGAUGGAAUAGCGAAGAAAUAAUCGAGAUCAAUGGAAGCAAAUGUAGCAACCGAGGGGAACAUUUGGAUGAAGAUGACGAUCUCAACGAACUGCAGCAGUUUCAUCCAUUGAAGGAUAGUUCGACGGUUACACCGAGUAGCAUAUCGGAGAGCAGUUUGGAUAGGAAAUCUAGCAAAUCUCAUGAGCUUCUCACCGGAAGUGGAAAGCGCUCGAAGAAGCGCGUUAACAUUAGGACUGAUGUGGACGAAAUUAGCAGUCGACAAUCACCAUCCGCAGUUUGUAAUUACGAAGACUUGGAGUCUGGAGAGACGAGCGUUCUGAAUGCUGAUAUGGACCAAUACAGCUUGGAUCGGUACAACAGCAAACGUUCGAUGUCCCCGGACAAUUAUUUGACUCUAACGGGAACCAUCAAACGUGGCCGCAAGAAGGGACAAUCGAUGGACGUACAGCUCAACAUUUCCCGGGAAGAACUCGAGCAAAUCAACAAACAAGCCCUGGCCGCCCACGAGGAAGUUUGUCGCACGAAGCGAAACUGUUGCUGCCAGUGUACCCUCCGGGCCGGGAUUCACAUUCUUCUGCUGUCGAUCAUCUGCUUACCAAUCGUCACGCUGACCACUAGCAUUUACUCGUUCUACAUCGGAACCGUCACGUGGUACAACAUGUUCACGUACUUCAACGAGGAAAAGUCAUAUCUGCACAAGCUGCUCAUGUCACCGCUUCUGAUUCUGGCUUAUCCCUUGGCGAUAGUGCUGUGCACUGUGGGCCUUGGAAUUUACGCCGGCUUCAAGCAGGUCAGCUUACAUUUCACCGCUUGGGUGAACGAAAUCAGUGACAUCGAGAAGGGCUUCUAUGGAUGGUUGUGCUCGUUUUUGCACCUAUCCGACUGCAGUCCAUACGAGGUGGUCAUUCUGACGGAUAUUUGCCCUCCAGGAGGGACGGGAGUAGGACCGGACAGGCCACUGCAAAGUGAGUCCACCCAAAUCAACUCAUCCACCGAAGAAUUGUCGUUAUAAGAUGUGACAACUUUCUGUGUGUCUCUGGAUUUCCAUAGGUACCUACUUGAUUAAACUAGAUCUAAUCUUUCAAUGUUAGUAUGCCACCUUCGGUAUGUUCUUAAAUACUCAUCUGAGAAUAUUGUAACGGAUGUUGCGUAUUUUGCUUCCAUAAUCAGGUGGAAUAAGCUUUCUAUUCUGUUACGUCAGAUCAUCCGUUCAAUCGGGUAUGUAAGGUACGCAUGUUUCUUGAAUCCAAGACAAAACAAUGUAUCCA